UCUGCGGAAGCUAACGACGACACGUUUGUGCGACGAGCAGCAUGGCGGACGAACAGGAGAGUGUGAAGCCCGACGAAGUCGACAGUUCUGAAGGUGAAGAGGAGAACAGUCACGGUAACGGCGAUGGAAAUGAAGAGGUAACGAAGACCUUCAAGGAUUUGGGUGUUACUGAGGUUCUGUGUGACGCUUGUGAUCAGCUGGGAUGGAAGAGCCCGACAAAGAUUCAGAUAGAAGCUAUACCAGUAGCUCUGCAAGGAAAGGACGUCAUCGGCCUGGCAGAGACGGGUUCGGGAAAGACUGGUGCCUUUGCUCUGCCUAUUCUCCAGUCGCUGCUGGCCUCCCCCCAGCGGCUUCACACCCUCGUCCUCACCCCCACCAGGGAGCUGGCAUUUCAGAUCUCAGAGCAGUUUGAGGCUCUAGGCUCCAGCAUUGGUGUGAAGUGUGCUGUUAUAGUGGGAGGAAUCGAUAUGAUGUCCCAGUCUUUGGUGUUGGCUAAAAAACCUCACAUUGUUAUUGCGACACCUGGUCGGCUCAUAGACCAUCUGGAGAACACCAAGGGCUUCGGCCUACGAGCUGUGAAGUUCCUGGUCAUGGAUGAAGCAGACAGGAUCCUCAACAUGGACUUUGAGACUGAGGUGGACAAAAUCUUGAAGGUGAUUCCCAGAGAGAGACGCACAUUCUUGUUCUCUGCCACUAUGACCAAAAAGGUCCAGAAAUUACAGAGAGCUGCUCUGAAAGACCCUGUGAAAUGUGCCGUUUCCACCAAAUAUACCACAGUAGACAAGCUGCAGCAGUACUACAUCUUCAUUCCAUCAAAGUACAAGGACUGUUACCUGGUGUCCAUCCUCAACGAGCUGGCCGGGAACUCCUUUAUGAUUUUCUGCGGUACGUGUAGCGGCGCCCAGCGGGUGGCACUGUUGUUGAGGAACCUCGGCAUCACUGCUAUCCCUCUGCAUGGACAGAUGAGUCAGAAUAAACGUCUUGGAGCGCUUAACAAGUUCAAAUCCAAGUCUCGCUCUGUGUUGUUGGCAACCGAUGUGGCAUCCAGAGGACUGGAUAUUCCUCAUGUGGACUGCGUCAUCAAUUAUGACAUCCCCACUCACUCCAAGGAUUACAUCCACAGAGUUGGACGAACAGCCAGAGCCGGGCGGUCUGGGAAGUCGAUCACAUUUGUCACUCAAUAUGACGUGGAACUUUUCCAGCGGAUCGAAACUCUAAUUGGAAAGAAACUGCCUGCCUUCCCUACACAGGAGGAGGAGGUGAUGAUGCUGGUGGAGAGAGUGAGUGAGGCGCAGAGAUUUGCCAAGCUGGAAAUGAAGGAGCAGGGAGAGAAAAGGAAAAGGCCCAAAAGAGGAGAUGGGGAUGAGGACGACACCGAGCAAGCGAGCGGCGUGAGGAAGAAAGUGAAAGGAGGAGGUGGAGCCGUGAGGAUGAGGGGUGGAGGAGCUUGGAGAGGAGGCCGACGCUGAGGCCUCCAACAUUUACCCACUGUACAUAACCACAACAUACGUUGUCUUUACUAUUGAUGUAAAACGUUACGAUGAUGACGGCAUGUUUUCCACCAUUUACCAUGGAAGCGAACUAUUUAAUUACUGCCAACACUUUGCUUGGCUUCUAUACAAGUUUCCCAUUUGUAAUAAAAUGCCACGGUAAAACCCAAA